AUGAACGACCACCAGCCCUUCCUCGCACUCGGAAGCAAGUUCCUCAAGGAGAUCAAGCGUGAGCGCAAGGACCGCAAGAAGCGAUCAAAGAACCAGGAAAAGCAGCAACAAAAGUCACGUGCUCAAAAGGCCAGUCAAAACGCAGCAGCCACUGACAACUCUUGGAUCAAGAUGAAACCAAGAGAAUUCUUUAGAUCCUCUUCCAAACAACAUCUUCAUCAAUCAGUAUCUGCUUUUAAUUUGACCAAUAAUGAAGGAAACAGCAACAACAACAACAAUAACAAUAAUGUUCAACCACCACAAAAAAUCAACAAAUCAACAUCAUCCUCUGAAACUGGUCUAACAGGGUUUUUACAAAGAAGAAAAUCAUUUAGGUUUUGGUCAAGUAGUAAUAAUAACAAUAACAGUAACAGUAAUGUAAAUAAUAAUAAUAACAAUGUAAAUAAUAAUAAUGAUAAUUGUAAUAAUGGUAGUAAUAGUAACAACAGUUCACAUCCAUCUCAACCAGUAAGAUCAAAAUCAUUUAAUAUGUAG